AAAAAAUUAAGAAAAAAAAUCUCUUACGCACAACAAAAAGGAGCGUAUCGGAAGAAAACUAUAAAUAGACUAAGAUAGAAUUGAUUUCAAUUCGUGAAUGAAAGAACAAGCGAAGAGACGUGACAUACGUUCAAUAUUGAAAACAUUAGUUUGGAAUGAGUUGUAUUAAUAUUCAAUAUAUCUUGCGCGCGCUUUUUCUGAUCAUCUAACAAUUGAUGCAAGUUGCGUGGAAUCAAAAACAAGCAAUCGUACGUGACUCGUCACGUUUCUUUCCGUGAUGGCUCCUACCCACAAUCCUUAGCAGCCGUCCUUCCUUCGAAGUGCGGAGGGUGGGGAUGGUUGGCUCACUAAUUGCGGGUCGGUACAGUGCGUUACUAUACACCAACCGAUUACGAAAGUAGUAGUUUACCAAAAAGAGCAGACAAACCGAAAUCUCAUUUUCCCAUCGAUUUGGAUGCGCUGAGUCCCAUUAGGACGGAACGAGACCCUUCUGAGGGGGGUUUGGUCGGGUUUACGACAGUUCCCUGAUGUCAUGGGUUGCUUCGGUGGUUCGAGUACCAAAAACGAUGCCGAAGAGGAUAAAAGGAGGAAGGAAGCCAACAAGAAGAUCGAGAAACAGAUCCAAAAGGAUAAACAAAUUUACAGAGCCACACAUAGACUCUUGUUAUUAGGAGCAGGUGAAUCUGGUAAAAGUACAAUUGUAAAACAGAUGAAAAUCCUUCAUGUGAAUGGAUUUAGUGAAGAAGAAAAAAGGCAAAAAAUUGAAGACAUCAAAAAGAACAUCAGAGAUGCAAUUUUGACAAUAACUGGAGCUAUGAGUACAUUAGUUCCUUCUGUGCAAUUAGAAAAUGCUGAAAAUCAAUGGAGAGUAGAUUAUAUUCAAGAUGUAGCAAGUUCACCAGAUUUUGAUUAUCCACCAGAAUUUUAUGAACAUACAGAAAUUCUUUGGGCAGAUAAAGGAGUACAAACAGCAUAUGAAAGAUCAAAUGAAUACCAACUUAUUGAUUGUGCAAAGUAUUUCCUUGAUAGAGUACAUAUAAUAAAACAACCUGAUUACACUCCUUCAGAACAGGAUAUUUUACGGUGUCGUGUUUUAACCUCAGGAAUAUUUGAAACUAAGUUUCAAGUGGAGAAGGUUAAUUUUCAUAUGUUUGAUGUUGGAGGUCAGCGGGAUGAACGAAGAAAAUGGAUUCAAUGUUUUAAUGAUGUAACAGCUAUUAUAUUUGUGACAGCAUGCAGUAGUUAUAAUAUGGUGCUGCGAGAAGAUCCUAAUCAAAAUAGACUUCGAGAAUCUUUGGAACUUUUUAAAAGCAUUUGGAAUAAUAGGUAUUAAAUCAUAAAAAUAUAU